CUUGGAUUGUUAUAGUCAAGGGUCCGUAUCUCACUUCGGCCCCAGCACUGUUAUACCUACCACGGUUGCCUGUUUGGAACUCUUCGCGCCCAAUCUUGCACUCCCUAGAAGCAGACUUGAUCGAACCUACAGUUUACGCCCCACUUACCUAAGUACCUACUUUACCCAUUUAAAUCCACGAACACCCCCAAGGCCACCAUCACCCAGUUAUUCAACAAAAGGGCAGCCAUCACCAUGUCCUCAAAACACUUCCUCCCGGACCCCACCCACCUGGUGACGUCCUCCCUCCGCUCCCUAACCUUGACCAACCCGGGCCUGGCCCUCGACACGCCCAACAAGAUCAUCUACCGCCGCCCGGGCUACGGCCCGUCCGCACAGCGCGUGCACAUCAUCUCGGGCGGCGGCUCCGGCCACGAGCCGUCCUUCGCGGGGAUGGUCGGGCCGGGGCUGCUCAGCGCCGCCGUGGCGGGCACCAUCUUCGCGAGCCCCAGCGCCGAGCAGGUGCGGGCGGCCAUCAUGGCACGGGUGGACCACCACGGCGACGGGGGCGGGGUGCUGGUGACGGUCAUGAACUACACCGGGGACGUGCUCAACUUUGGCAUGGGCGUGGAGAAGGCACGGGCGGCCGGGGUCGAGGUAGAGAUGGUUGUCGUCGGGGACGAUGUCGGCGUGGGGAGGGCCAAGGCCGGGAAGGUCGGGAGGAGGGGCAUCGCCGGGACGGUGCUGGUGCACAAGAUCAGCGGGGCGCUGGCCGCGCAGGGCAGGGGGCUGAAGGAGGUUGCCAAGGUGGCUCGGCUGGUGGUGGAUAAUCUGGUGAGUGUUGGCGCGAGUCUGGAGCAUGUCCAUGUGCCAGGGCGCGCGAAGCCGGAUGUCAACUCGGCCGAGUAUCUGAGGGACGGUGAGGUGGAGAUUGGGAUGGGAAUUCACAACGAGCAGGGUUCGAGCAGGGAGGUUGUCGAGUUACCGGAACUGGUGAGGAAGAUGCUGGCGCAGAUGCUGGAUCCGAACGAUAAGGACAGGGCGUUCGUCAACGUCAACUCGAACGAGGUGGUGCUGCUGGUGAACAACCUGGGAGGGGUCAGCGUGCUGGAGAUGGGCGGGAUCGUGACCGAGGUGGUGACGCAGCUGGAGAAGAGCUACAGCAUCCGGCCGGUGCGCAUCCUCAGCGGGACGUUCAUGACGAGCCUCAACGGACUGGGGUUCAGCAUCACGCUCCUAAAUGUCGUCAACACGGAUAUCGGCGGGCCCAGCAUGAUCGAGCUGCUCGACUACGCAUGCGAAGCCACGGGCUGGUCGACCCCCAUCUCCAAACUGACGUGGGAGGAGAAAAAUGCGGCAACUCGAGAGCAGGAUGCAUCGAUCGGCGGGAACACCAAGCCCAGCGGCCUGAAGAUGGACGGCACUUCUGCCCAGCAGGCGCUUACCCGCGCUCUCGAGGCUGUUGUGGCCGCUGAACCGGAAGUGACGCGUUACGACACUGUUGUGGGAGACGGCGAUUGCGGGAUUGGGUUGAAGAGGGGCGCAGAAGCCGUCUUGAGCCACCUGCAGUCCCACCCACUGUCAGGAGACCCGGUUGUCGACCUGGCCAACAUUGUCCCUGUCAUCGAGAUGGAGAUGGACGGCACUUCCGGGGCGUUAUAUGCCAUCUUCCUCAACGCACUUCUCGCCUCACUGCGAUCCCAAGGACCCGGCGAAGCAUCUCCGAAGGUCUGGGCAUCGGCACUCCAGCAAGGCUGCGAGGCCCUGUCCAGAUACACGCCGGCUCGCCCAGGCGAUCGCACACUGGUGGAUGCCUUGUAUCCGUUCGUCGACGUCCUUGCGAAGACAGGGGACGUGAAGCAGGCGGCCGAGGCAGCUCAGCAUGCCGCCGAAGGUACCAAGGGAAUGAAGGCCAGCCUGGGCCGGACCGUGUACAUCGGCGGGUCGGGCUUUGAAAAGGUGCCUGACCCCGGCGCAUGGGGGCUUGCGAGCUUCUUCCUUGGUUUGGCGGGAACCAAGAAGGUUGACGAGGGUUGGGAGGAGCUUUGAAGAAAGGGGCCGUAAAA